AUGACCGGGGUCACCGGAAUCGCCCUCAACGUGGCCACCAAGGCGGAGUUGCUACCGGAGUUGCGGGGCGACGGGGAUGGCGUAUCGGCGGCGGACGACAAGACGGAGACGUUGCAAGCCGCCGACGCGAAGAUACCGCUGGACUGCGGACAUGGCGGGAAGCAAGGGGAGGGGGCGGCAGACGAGCCGGAGUUGGAUGAGCUGUCCGAGAGGUUGAACACCGGAGCGUUGACUGUCAGUAUCCUUGGGCCGUACGGAAAUCUGGCGCGCGUCACUGGCCACGUCUACUGGGAUGGGAUUGAAAGGGAGACGGAUUGGCCAUCCUGGGGCGAUAGGGAGAGAGAGGCUUCGUGCAGGUGUCACAUGCCUCGUUUGUCUCGAGGCACGUACGAGUCGCCCGAUGAUGAGGAUUAUGGCUUGCUUGAUGCCGAGAGUAACCUCAAGUUUGAGAAUGUCAAUCCCAGAACGGUCACUGUCGGAGGAUUUGGCAUUGAAUCUUGGGACUUCGAAAACACCAAGCCCAGAGAAGACGAUGAUGGUCAUUCGCUCGAGUUUGCCGAGGAACUGGACCUGGAGGAGAUUGUUGGUACACUGGGAAUUGUGUACUACAACCAACAGUAUGCGCGAGACCCCAAACGCUGGAUUGGGGACCUCUAUAGUCUGCGCAAUCGCACCGACGUCUUUGCGGAGUUUACAAGGGAAUCGAGCGUGGGGCUGCAAUGGGCGGCACCGAGAGACGAUGAGUAUAUCGGAAUAUGGAACUUCCUACGACAGAUCAUUGUGGCCAGGGAGCUGGCGGUGCGAUUGGAACACCUCGACGGAGAUUCAUCCUAUGCCGGCUUCACGGCUCGGGUCUUAGCCAGCCUCAUCGUCUCGGAUUUGUGUUUGAAGCACGCCGAAAUCAUCAUCACGGACACAAAACUACAGAUUGACGGCGCGGAAAAGUGGCCGUAUAUAAACGAGGUCCGCGACUACGCCGAGGAUGCCUACAGCAACAUCCGUGGCCGACGGUCAACGUCCACCUGCAUGACUGGCUGUUCAGUAUCAUCCUCCCGGGCAAGUGGUUUUGCCUUCAAAAUCAUGACGGCCUUGGUCCUCUGCACGCCCAGCAUCAAGGACAGAAUCGGUGUCAUUCCCUGUUAUGACUGUAGCCUGUCGCUGCCAAUCCGGUCAUACUGGCGCUCCAGAACAGUCCUGGGCCGCGUGCUGGGUUGUCUACCGGGCGUAACGGGGCUCUGCGGGUGGAUCGGGCCGUGUCCCCCAAUCGAGCUUGAUCCCCCAGAGAAGGGAGGGAAGAAGCCGCGACACGUCCGCGUCAAGGCGCGACGCAUCGCCCCGAUAGAUCACAGGCCGAACCGCGACGACGGCGUCAUCGACCUCGGCUCCGGAUACGACCGGUUCGAAGCGACGCGCAUCCGGCCCGGCGAGGAGGUGGACGCGUAUCUCGCGGACAUGAAAGACCCGGGCAAGAAGCUCCCGCUGGACGUCGACGUGGCGCGCAAGGGGGCCGCCAAGAGGACGACCGGCGGCGACGGAGACAUCGACGACCUGUACGUGCAGAACGGGACCCAGUACCAGGCGAGCAUCUCGUUCCAGAUGGACGGGGACGUGGAGGACAGCGCGGGCCCGGUCGCGUACAAGUUCUUCACCAACCCCAUCUUCGUGACGCCGCCGCCCUGCCAGGGGGGCCCGCACGAGGUGCACGCGAGGGAGCUGUCGCGGUACCGGGGUGACAACGUCUGGCCGGUCGCGAGGCUGAAGGGCCACACCCCCGAGGACGUCGACGUCGGCGGCGGGGCGGUCGUGGUCAUCAACGCCACGGGGAGGGGCGCCGAGGUCCUCGCGAGGGCGUGGUGCUCGGAGCGCGGGGGGAAUGCCGUCAUCCGCCGCGCUGGGGGGCCCUGCUUCGUCUGCGCUGUUUGCGCUGCCGGCAAAGGGGGCCUCGGCACGGGCGUCUUGAUAUGGGUCGGGUAGAAGAGCAGCGAUCGCGUUGGAAGUUGAGGCCUUGCAGCAUAUUGCUCGUGCACAUCGCAAUUAUAACUCCGACGAUUACACUAUCCUAUGUGUUACAUGGGAUUCCCCUUUUGCCCUAGAGAAGGCGACGACUUGACAGGUUCUGGGUGCAUUGUAUUUAUUUGGUAUAUCAUAAAUUGGCGAUUAUUACAGCUCGAACGACAGAUACGCUGGGAUGCCCAAUGUCUAGGUUGCUCAUGGAUACUCUCAAGAUGCCUCAAGGGAUCGGUUAGUCUGACGAGAAUCCACAAACACCAUCUGCCCGACGAGAUGGCUCACCCUCCCCCCCUACUUCAGCCUCUGCCCGCACAGCCCAAUCGCAACAUCCGCCGUCGCGCCGUCGAGGAAGUCAUUCAUGACCACGACGAGGGCCUCGCGGCCGCACGCGGCCAGCACGUUGUCCCUGAC